AUGGACAACACAAAUCAAUCGUCUUUCUGGCAGUUCAGCGACAAUCUCCGCCACCAGACCAACACCCUGGCCGAUCUCUCCCUCAACGACUCCAUCUGGAGCGCUAGCUACGCCGCCAAGCGCCCGGCGGAGCAGCGCCGGAACUUCGAUUUCCGGAACCCAGGACCAGACGCCGGGCCAAAUCUCGCCGGCGACACCAAGACCGAUUUCAACAACCUAGGGUUUAACAACGACGUCUGGGGCUGGAAGGCACCGAUCAACGACAGCCUGAGCGGGUCCAACGUUAAUUACUCCCCUUACAACAAGGGCAGGGGCUUUGCGAACAACGUGGUGGCGAAUGGGAAGGUGAUUAAGGGCGGUAAGAAUGAGGAUGUGAAUGGGGGCAAACAUGGGAAGAAGAAUAAAGGCAACAGAGAAGGUAAUAAGGAUAACAAGAAUAACGGGAAUGGUGAGAACAAGAACGCCGUGGAUAAGAGGUUUAAGACCCUGCCGCCGGCGGAGGCCUUGCCGAGGAACGAGACAAUCGGCGGUUAUAUCUUCGUCUGCAACAAUGAUACCAUGGCUGAGAAUCUCAAGAGACAGCUUUUUGGGUUGCCUCCUCGAUACCGUGACUCAGUCCGCUCAAUAACUCCCGGGCUGCCUCUCUUCCUUUACAACUACUCAACUCAUCAGCUCCAUGGAAUUUUUGAGGCUGCGAGUUUCGGAGGGUCUAAUAUUGACCCAUCGGCUUGGGAGGACAAGAAAAAUCCCGGCGAAUCGCGCUUUCCGGCUCAGGUUCGUGUUGUGACGAGGAAGAUAUGUGAGCCGUUGGAGGAGGACUCGUUCAGGCCAAUUCUUCAUCACUAUGAUGGCCCCAAGUUCCGUCUCGAGCUGAACAUCCCUGAGGUCCUCUCUCUCUUGGACAUCUUUGAAGAGAACAAUGCUUGA